AUGAUGGAUGGUUACUCGGCGGUGGAUCAAAUCAUUGAAGAGAUCGAACAUGUCGGAGGCAAUCUUCGCAAGAUCAUUGAUGUCUGGGAAGACUUGCAGAAACGCAGCCAAAGCGCAGAUAGUAGUCGCCAAGGCACACCUUCGUCGGAUGAUGCGGUGGAUGAAUCGGCAGGCACACAUCUCGUGGAGCUGCCGUUCGCAACCGACGCUGUCGCGGACGUCAACAGUGAUGUAUACCGAGAUGCCAUGGACGGGUUCUUGACACAACAGCCCAACUACGUCAGCAAGACAAUGCAGUUGAAUAAUUACCAAAUUCUUGGCGUUAAUUGGAUGCUCUUGUUAUAUCGCAAAGGGUUAUCGGGAAUUCUUGCCGACGAAAUGGGACUGGGUAAGACGGCACAAGUGAUUAGUUUCUUGGGUCGACUGUACGAAAUGGGAGAAAAAGGCCCUCAUCUGGUGAUUGUGCCGGCUUCCACGAUUGAAAACUGGAUGCGUGAAUUCCAACGAUUCUGUCCGAAAUUGCAUGUCGUCGGUUAUUACGGGACGCAAGCAGAAAGAGUGUAUCUUCGCGAUGAUUUGUUGGAGAGUCGAGAUUACCAAGUGGUCGUGACCACCUAUACCAUGGCGACGGGCGCGCGUGAAGAUCGCAGCUUUUUGCGAAGGUUGGGAUGCAAAUCGAUGAUCCUUGACGAAGGACACAUGAUUAAGAACUGCACUAGCUCUCGUUACACGCAUCUCAUGUCGCUUCGCACGCCGUUCCGGUUAUUGCUGACGGGCACCCCACUUCAAAACAAUCUGCAGGAACUGGUGUCUCUGUUGACCUUUAUUAUGCCCGACAUGUUCCUCGGCAACGAAGAAGAAAUUCGCAAAAUCUUCAAAAUCAAAGCCAUGGCCACCACAUCGUCCCGACAACGCCACGAUUCAAAACAUUCUGAUACAGGUAACAUUGCUCAGGUCCUGUCUCGACAACGAAUUGCUCGCGCCAAAAAAAUGAUGACUCCGUUCGUGCUUCGUCGACGCAAAGCCGAUGUUUUGAAGCAUCUGCCUCAGAAAUUCCAAGUCAUUGAACGAUGCCCCAUGACCGCCCUGCAGAAAGAAAUGUACGACCGCAUCCUGAAAGAAUCGCAACGAUCUUACAAAGAAUCUCUCGAUGCCAAAGCAGACAAAGCCAAAGCCAAAGCAGCAGCUGCCGCCGCCAAACGCGCCACGUCGUCUCAAUUUGAAAAGUUCUCCAACAUUGUUAUCCAUCUUCGCAAAGCCGCCGAUCAUCCACUUCUCUUCCGAAACCUCUACACGGAUAGCAAAAUUCGUACCAUGGCCAAGAAAAUCAUGAAAGAGGAGCAAUAUUGGGAUGCUAAUGAGGAAUAUAUCUAUGAGGAUAUGAGUGUCAUGUCUGAUUUCGAAUUGCAGCGGCUAUGCAAAGAACACAAGUCGAUCCAAUCCUAUGCGCUGAAUAACGAGGAAUGGAUGGACUCUGGCAAAGUUCAGAAGCUAAAGGAAUUAUUACCUGAUCUCAUUCAAAAGGGAAGCAAGGUGUUGUUGUUCAGUCAGUUUACCCGAAUGCUGGAUAUUCUGGAACUGGUCAUGGAUACCUUGGGCAUGAAGUAUGUUCGUUUGGAUGGUGAAACCAAAGUGGCCGACCGACAGCCUCUCAUUGACGAAUUCAAUGAGAAUGACGACAUCCACGUAUUCCUGCUAAGUACCAAAGCAGGCGGGUUUGGCAUUAACCUUACCUCUGCAAAUGUGGUUAUUCUCUACGAUAUGGACUUUAACCCGCAAAACGAUAAACAGGCCGAAGACCGCGCUCACCGUGUGGGACAAACCCGCGACGUUACUGUCAUCAAACUGAUCGCUGAUCGUACCAUUGAAGACGCCAUCCUGAAAAUGGCCGAAAUCAAACUUCGUCUGGAUCGCAGCGUUUCCGGUCUCGGCGACGAUGACGAAGAUGAAGACGAACGAAAAGAAAGCGUACACACUUUGCUCAAGAGUGCGCUACUGACCUCGGCAUAG